CUCUCUCUCUCUCUCUCUCUCUCCUGCUUAAACAACAGCCCUAACUUUUGUGUGUUGCAAAUAUAAAAGGCAAGCCAUGUGACAGGGGGACAGAAGAACAAAAGCAUUUGGAAGUAACAAGACCUCUUUUUCGCUCUGAGUUGCAGGAGUCCAAAGGAAGGUGAAAGCGACGCGUUUUGCAAAGCAGCCAUGCAGGAGAUGUUCUGAUGGAUUAUACCCUCUACAAAUGCCAAACUCAAAACCAGCAAUGACAAGCCGGAGACUUCGCACAGAGCUUUCGUUUUCCUCGAAAGGGACUGGGCCUCAGUCUUUAGAGUGCUUCUGAUGCUCUACCUCCCUCUACUGUAUUUCUUGAGAAGUUCUUCUCCAAUGAUGGGAAAUCAUGUAUUAGCCGCUUCCAUUUCCAUGCUGUCCCUUCUGGCAAUAAUGGGAGACACAGACAGUAAAACAGACAGUACUUUCAUGAUCGAUUCAGACCCAGACCGUUGCAUGAGGCAUCAUUAUGUGGAUUCCAUCAGCCACCCUUUGUACAAGUGCAGUUCAAAGAUGGUGCUGCUAGCUCGUUGCGAGGGACGUUGCACUCAGACAUCACGCUCCGAACCGAUGGUGUCCUUCAGUACAGUCCUGAAACAGCCCUUCCGCUCCACGUGCCAUUGCUGCCAGCCACAGACUUCCAAGCUGAAAGCCAUGCGGUUGCGCUGCUCGGGCGGCAUGAGACUCACGGCCACCUACCGUUACAUCCUCUCGUGCCAAUGUGAGGAGUGCAACUCCUAGGCGCAAACCUUCUGCAGCAGAUAGAGUGGGAGAGACACAUGGUCUGCAGCAGAAUUCUCAGAAGAAGCAGCAGCCAAGGGUCACCUUUUUGCCAACUUGCUAUUAGAGGUCUCACACAACCAAGGCCAGUUAAGCAUGGAUUUAAUUUUCAGAGCUGCAGAAAGCAAAUCACGAUGUUGCUUGGGAAUGUGCCAAAUCAUGAACAGACAUCAGAAUGUAUAUCUAUACUGGAGGGGAAAAAACCCCUCUUGUGGUGGUGGAGGACUGGUUUUUAGAAACCUAUUUUUCUUGGGAAAAUACUUUGGGUAGUUUUUCUGGUUCAGUAUUUCUUUAAAUCCUGAAUAAGGGCCUGUGAGAAAUUAUGACUCUUCGUUUUGAGCGCCCUGCCAGUAAAAGUAAAAAGAACAAAAGACAUUAUAGAAUAUGCACAUUGGAUGCUAUUAUGUGGGAAAUGUUUUAUUUUAGAAGAAGAGAAAGACUGUAUGCAGAAGCCUAUUGUAUCUUUUAAAUAUGCCCAUUAGUUUAUAUUGGCCUUGGAAAUGGACUGUAUUGAUGGUAAAAGUUAUAUUUUAUCUGGUCUGGCAGCCAAGUGCUGGACAAUUUAUUGUGGUUUAGGUGCAGUUACAAAAUAAAUAACAGAAAAUUUAUUGAACAAGAAGUGCAGCUCCUCCAGUGUUGGGAAGCGGUGUUUACGGUCAGGGACUGAAGCUUUGAAAAUAGUUGUUUUCAAUUGGGCCUCUUUGCUACUAUGUAUUUUAACUUCUGUGCAGGGUCCAGAGCUUCCAAAAUAGUAAUAGCUAGUCUUGUUUUCCUUCACAAUAGGCACAAGUUUAAAUGAAGGAUUCUCUUAUUGGUGAAGACAUGGUUUUUCAUUACUUGGGAAGUAAUGAUUGAUUACUUACAUGGGUGAAUUGGUGUCACCCAUGUCAUGCCCCUUGAUACAACUUUGAGCACCAUACUUUGUAGUGGGGACUGUAUACAAUUUUCUGCCUCCCCACCCCCUGAGAAACCCUAACCAUUGUGGCAUUUGUAAUCAACAGCUUCCCUUCAUUAAAUACAAAGCAAUGACACCAGAGUCUUACUUUAAGUCAUGCAUUUUUACAUUUUCCAAUGGAUAUAAAUUUAUGUUUCCAAGAUGAAGUUACAGUAGCAUAGGAUAGGAUUAUACACAGAAAUACAUCAGAGUCUGAAUUAGUCCAAGGGUUUAUGAAUUACUUCUUGUUGAAAUUUUAGAAGCAGGCAAAGCUAUUGCAGUUGCAGCUUUCUAUGCCUAGCUUUCAGUGGUUAAUAUAAGUCCUGUCUUGGAUGGCAAUGUAUUCUUCAGAACAAUCAACCAGUUUUAGAAACUCUUUUCCUCCACAGAAACCCAAAUAGAUCUACCAUAUGAAGAAAUAAUGUUUGCCCUGAAUUCUUUGACUUCCAACCCAAUCCCCCAAUCACUUGUAUUAAAGAUCUAAGAGCUGCAGCCAUGCUAAUUUAGCUGGAGCAAUUUUACUGCACAGCUCUAAAUAUGAGAAAAGAGUAAAGUUGGGGGCCAGAAGUGAGCAGGCAAGCAGCCCAUCUGUUCUAUGUCAUCUAAUCUGUCUGGAAUAAUUGCCAUAUAUAGCAACCAGGAUUUUGACAAUUACAUCACAGAGAUUCCAUUAAACGCACUGAAGGAGUCCCCAGUGUCUCUUGGGGAAUGGUUGCCUGGCUAAUGAAAACAACAAAUGAAAUGGCCCGUGGAGUUUGUAGCCAAGCAGCUUUAUGACCUACAUGCCCAUAAUUGUGAUCAUCCAGGGAACGCCACAGCUCUUUGUUAUUGGCUUUCCAUCAAUAAGCUAAAGAAAAUGGAGAUUAGUGGCAGGUGUGAGCUGUUUUGUGCAGCUAAAUUCAUAGACAGGAUAUCAUUCAUGACAGAAACGUGAAGAACAUGAGGUCAUGAUAGAUAGAUAUACAUUGCUUCAUCUUGACUGAUAUUUCUUUCACCCCUCUGAAAUUAUUAUGAACUCAUGAGCGAAGCACUUAGGAGUCUCUCUCUCUCUCUCUCUCUCUCUCUCUC